GCAGAGACCUGGCCCGGGGCCCCACGGGGAGGGCAUGGCCCACAGUCCCCAGCGCCGGCCGGCUCUGGGUUCCAGGAGAACUGCACGAUCCUCGGGGAGCUGGUGAGGCUGCAGGGCCAGAAGUCCUUCCUGCUGGGGUUCAGCACGCGUGCCGACUCCGUGCUGGAGAUGAACAUGGCCAAGACCAGCCAGGUGGUGGCCACUUUCCUAGAUGAGCUGGCCCAGAAGCUGAAGCCCCUCGGGGAGCAGGAGCCCGUGAUCCUGGAGCUAAAGAAGGCCGAAUGCCAGAGGCGGGGCCCGCACUUUGACGGGCCCAUCAACGCCUGGGACCUGCGCUACUACAUGAACCAGGGGGAGGAGACGCGCUACCACGAGGACCAGUACCUGCUCAAUGAGUCCUUCCCCAUGCAGGUGGUCACGCGCGGGCGGCUGGGCAUCUCCCAGGAGCUGCUGGGGCUGAUCUUCGACCUGGAGGAGGGCGCCAACGUGUGUCACGAAGACGUGAGGCUCUACACGGUCCGGGACGCGGCCUCAGGCAAGGUCUCCAUCGGCAAGUUCUACCUGGACCUCUACCCUCGGGAAGGGAAGUCCGGGCACGCGGCCUGCUUCGGCCUGCAGCCGGGCUGCCUGCAGCAGGAUGGGAGCCGCCAGAUCGCCAUCGUGGCCAUGGUGGCCAACUUCACCAAGCCCACGCCCGACCCGCCCUCCCUGUUGCAGCACGAUGAGCUGGAGACCUACUUCCACGAGUUCUGGCAAGCGAUGCACCAGCUCCGCUCCCAGGCCUCCUCAACCUGCGCCAGAUCGUCCUGGCCGAGGUGGACCAGGCCCUGCACACGCAGACGCCCACAGACCCGGCCCAGGAGAAUGCCCGUCUCUGCCAGGAGAUCCUCAGGGGCCCAGCCAUGCCAGGUAGCCAAGCGCGAGCCGGCUGUGGCCCGCGGAGUCCGAGGGUGGGGUGGGCGUAUCUGCACGUGCUUUCUGGAGAGCCUGGAAGAGGCAGGAGAGGGCUUCAUAGCCCGGACGGAACGCGUCGACGAGGUUUGCCCGGGGCCGGGCAGGAGCCUCUCCGCGUGUGUCCCAGGGACCCACCUGCCUGCGACCUUCGGCCGCCUGGCAGGAAGAUACAGCGCCCAGUCCUAUGGCUACCUGUGCAGCGAGGUGUACUCCGUGGACACGUUCCACACACGCUUCAAGCAGGAGGGCGUUCUGAGUGGCAAGGUUGCCAUGGACUACAGAAGCUGCAUUCUGAGGCCAGGCGGCUCCAAGGAUGCCAAGGGCAUGGUGAAGCUCUUCCUGGGUUGCGACCCCACGCAGGAUGCCUUCCUCCUGAACAAAGGGCUGCAGGUUGAGGGCUGCAAGCCGCCGGCCUGCUGACGGCACGGGGUUCUGCCCACCCAGGUGGGCCCGGUGCCUUAGCACCCCGCCAGGGCAGGGGAGGGGCCGCGUGUCCUCCCAGCCCCUGAGUCCCUGGCGGCCGGCCUCGGCCAAAAGUUUCCACCUGGACGUGUCUGGAGAGCCUGGCGUCAAGGCUCCCCCUUGUUGCACUAACGUAAUCCCUUCCUGGGGAGCUUUCCUACUUACAAAACGGUUCUUUGAAAACACAGCCAUUAAUAAAAAGACUCCA